AUGAAGCAGCGGCGGGCCCCGCUCGAUGGCUGGGCCAGUGCUCGCAAGUACGCCAUCAUCAUCGACGCAGGCUCUUCUGGCUCGCGCGUCCAGGUCUACUCGUGGAAGGACCAUCCAGUCGCUGCGCUCGCUGCAUCUACUCUGGAACGUGCUUCAUUACCAAGGAUUGAGAAGGGAGACGAGUCUGGGGAAGAAUGGAUGCUGAAGAUCAAGCCGGGAAUCUCUAGCUUUGCAGACGAUGCAGGUCAUGUCGGCGACAAGCAUCUCAAGAAACUCUACAAGCAUGCGCUGAAGCUCAUACCGCCAUCGCAGGUCAAGGAAACCCCAGUAUAUCUACUUGCAACGGCAGGCAUGCGUCUUGUCUCGCCUGAAAAGCAGCGGAAAGUCAUGGAAGCUGCAUGCAAGUAUACUCAAAAGCAUUUCGACUUUCUCGUCCCUGAAUGCGCUUCACACUUCCAAGUCAUCACGGGAGAGAUGGAGGGCCUGUAUGGCUGGGUCGCAGUCAAUUACCUGCUCGGCGGCUUUGAUGCACAUGCUGACAAUCGACGGCAUACAUAUGGCUUCCUGGACAUGGGCGGUGCGAGUGCUCAGAUCGCAUUUGCACCCAACGAGACGGAAGCAGAGGCGCAUGCAAAUGACUUGACUUUGCUGAGACUACGAACGCUCGCUGGAGACACAAAGGAGUGGCGAGUCUUUGUAUCCACUUGGCUUGGCUUUGGUGCGAAUGAAGCUAGAAGACGCCACAUCGAGCGCAUCGUUGCAAGUGGUAUGCUCACCAAUGACAAGCACUACCCAGACCCAUGCAUGCCACGCGGCUUGACGGAAGAUGUUCCAGAGCUUUUGCGAAAGCCUGGUGUACCGCACGAGUUGAUCGGAACAGGCAGUCUACACCAAUGUCUGACAGAUCUAGAGCCCUUGCUCAGCAAAGAUGCGCCUUGUCCGGAUGCGCCCUGUCUAUUUGCUGGCGUUCAUGUACCGGGUAUCGAUUUUGAUAUCAAUCACUUUGUUGGCAUUAGCGAAUACUACUAUUCCUCACAGGAUGUCUUUGGUCUUGGUGGCGCAUACGACUACCACACACUGUCAAACGCCGUCGAAUCAUUCUGCAGUCGCUCCUGGCAUGACAUUGAAAGUGACUUGGAUGGUGGCAAGUAUCCAGAGGGCGUCAAAAAAGGUAAGCUCGAGAGCACUUGUUUCAAAGCAUCUUGGAUGAUGAAUGUCCUACAUGAUGGGAUUGGCAUACCACGCGUCACGAAGGAGAUUGGAAAAAGUACAUCGCACAAUGGAACAGAAGAGUUGCGCGAGGGCGCACGCGAGAAGGGUUUCGAUGGCGCCUUCAAUAGCGCAGAGUCACUUGCUGGUACAGAAGUCUCCUGGACGCUCGGCAAGAUGUGA